AUGCUGCCAUCGAGAUCGCGCAGCUUAGCGCUGCUGCGACGGACGCUGCGACGCCCGCCCGCUGCCCCUCUCACGCCUAUCUGCUCUAUCGAUAGUCUCAAAACACGCAGCUACCGAUGGACGCACCGCCGCGUGUCUUCUAUGCCCCUCGACGGUCCAUUGAAGCCGAAGAACACGCCGUCGUUUGCGAUUGCCGCGGCGUUUGAAGGCCACGAAGAUCUGGAGGACGACGAGGACUCUGAUCACUUGUACGGACAUACGAAGGACCACGACGAGGCCAAGAAAGAGGGUGCACGGUCGCUCAAAGAGCAGCUGCAGCGCGGUAUGGAGAAGAAGAAGCUCUGGAUGCAGUCGCUCGCCGCGCAGGAGCUCUACGCAGCUCUCGUGAAGAGCGUGGCAGACUGCUAUGCGCCAUUGUACGCGGCUAUGGGACUCGAAGGGAAGUGUCCGCUUGUGGCGGUGGCCACGGACCAAGCCAAGGGCGCACACGAGCUCGAGACGGAGUUUCAGCCGCAGCGUUUCGACGAGAUGCUGACCAAAGCCACCGAGCAAGAGGCGCUGGCGCUGCUGGUCAUUGACAAGCAGUCGUUGCUGGCACUGGCGAUUGUCGAGCAUCGGAACAAGCUCGCGGAAGAACUGUCGAGACGUGCGAAGGCAGGCACUGGCGUUGUGCUGCCGGGGACGAACGUCAUGGAGGAAGGGAACGCGGUGACGCUCGGCAGUCAUUUCCGCAUGUUUUACUCGUGGGCAAUGAGUGCCUACGCUUUGUGUGGCCGGGACUGCCACCCGCAGCUGUUCGACAUGUACGAACGGGCACAGAGUGCUGGCUUGUACGUCUCGGCCAACAUGAACGUCCAGUAUAUAUCUGCGCUGAUUGCCGAGAGACGCUUUGACGAAGUGUUUGAGUUCUACGAGUCAGUGCUUCGCGAGGGUCAGCCUACGUCGAUGUUCUUUUACAGGAACGUGCUGUUUGCCGUGUCUGUGACGCACAGAGUCGAGCUGCUGGAUUCCAUUCUCGAAGACAUGCGCGUCAAGGGUUUCAAACUGCGUGCCGAGGACUACUUGCGCGGCAUUCGAACGUACGACAACGAGUACUUCCUUACGAGGGUGCAACCAGACGAUAAGCGCCGGUCGGAUCGACGCAGUCGCAGUGAUCGCGAGACGAAAAACCGCGAAUCUGCGUUCACGACACCUCGAGAUACGUACCACAUGUGCGUGCAACGGAUUCGCGAGCAGGAAGAACACCCAGAACGGUUCGAGAAGAUUGUCGACGCUGCACAGAGCGUGCUGACUCUAUUCGAUACGAUGGUGGACGUCGAUGGACUUGCUCCACGAAAUGAGCACUUUUUCCCGCGCGUGAUUACAGCAGCCGUGUAUGCUCAGGAAUGCGAGCGCGUUCCAGACCUUUUGGCCCUGCACGCUGAUCAUGUCGACAAGCCUCUCCAUUAUGCCGGUGUUCGCAUGGCCGUGAACGCACUUUUGCUGCUGGAAAAGCCCGCUGCAGCGUGGGAUCUCGUUCGCGAGACGAAUCCAGUUCUCGAGCCUCAUCGUUAUGCGUUACUGGGCAACAUUUUCAGCUACCACUGCAUGAAGAAGCGCGGCGCAGACAUUAUCCAGCUGAUGCACCAUACAGAAGAGAUGGGGCUGCAAGGCGUGUUCACGCUGUCGUUGGUCAAGAGCUUAGUGCCCGCGCUUUGUUCGAGCGUCGAUAGCGUCAGUGACGAGGUCCUGAUGGAGACCGCGACGCGCUUUGACAAUGUCUUCCACCUACGCACCAGUGAGCACCAUUUCGGUGUCUUCCUUCGUGAAUGCUGCCACAGUAAGCGUCUUGUUGUGGUGAAAGCUGCUCUCAAGCAGUGGCUGGCCACCUCCGAGAACAAAGUACCGCUCAAGGGCACUCUGGCUUCCAAGCUCUUGCAAACGUUCGAGAGCGAGUCGGACUGGGCCUUCAUGGCCGAAGUGUUUGAGCUGACGGACUUCUCGCACGUGAACAGCGAAGACAACCGCAAGGCCAUUGUGAGCGCUGUCUCACGUGCCUACGAAGCUCUCGGCGAGCCUGAACGUGUCGAGCGCGCUGAGCGCAUUUCUCUAGUCGCAGGUAAGCGGCAAAAAGCGGUGCAACCACAAGCGUCAACAAGACAGCAGCAGAAGACCCGCGGCAAGCGUCCAGGCAGAUCGGCAGCUGCUUCGAGUAGCGCAAAGCCGAUGCUGAUCAACGGCGUUCCUGUCCUCUCGUCUUCCUCGUAG